UCUCUCUCUCUCUCUCUCUGCUCCUCUCUCACAUGCACAAAAUCCUCUGUCAUGGCGUCUUCCAACAAUGUUACUCCCACCAACUGUAGCUGGUGGCCCAUAUCAGCCAUGGACGAAGAUGGCAAAAUCACAGACGGAGAGGAGAGUCACGAGCCCACGAUAGAACACAAGCCAUUCUCCAAAGACAGGCUUGUCCUGUAUCACUGGACUCAGUCCUUCACCUCUCAAAAGGUGCGUCUGGUGAUCAAUGAGAAGGGGUUGCUGUGUGAAGAACGGGAUGUCAGUCUGCCUCUCACUGAGCACAAGGAGCCUUGGUUUAUGAGGCUCAACCUAGGGGAAGAAGUGCCGGUUUUCAUCCACGGAGACACGAUCGUCAGUGACUACAACCAAAUCAUUGAUUAUAUAGAGACCAGCUUUAUCGGAGACACAGUAGCCCAGCUGAUUCCAGAUGAAGGAACUCCCAUGUAUGCAAGGGUACAUCAGUACCGAGAGCUGCUGGAUGGGCUGCCUAUGGACGCUUACACACAUGGAUGCAUCCUGCACCCUGAACUCACAACCGACUCCAUGAUCCCAAAGUACGCCACUGCUGAAAUACGUAGACAUCUGGCCAAUGCAGCAUCUGAACUGAUGAAGUUGGACCAUGAGGAACCCCAGCUGACAGAACCAUACCUCUCCAAGCAGAAAAAGCUCAUGGCGAAGAUCUUGGACCAUGACAAUGUGAACUACCUGAAAAAAAUUCUUGGUGAGUUGGCAAUGGUGCUAGACCAAGUAGAGGCAGAGCUGGAAAAAAGAAAACUGGAAUAUCAAGGUCAAACGUGUGAAUUAUGGCUUUGUGGACCUACUUUUACAUUAGCUGAUAUUUGUCUUGGAGCCACAUUACACAGGCUCAAAUUCUUGGGACUCUCAAAGAAAUACUGGGAGGACGGAAGCCGUCCGAACCUGCAGUCGUUUUUUGAGCGGGUGCAGAAGCGCUACGCUUUCCGCAAGGUGUUGGGGGACAUCCACACGACCCUGCUCUCUGCGGUUCUACCCAACGCAUUCCGAAUGGUAAAAAAGAAGCCGCCAUCCUUCUUUGGUGCAUCCUUCUUAAUGGGCUCUCUCGGGGGGAUGGGUUAUUUUGCCUAUUGGUUUUUAAAAAAGAAAUACAUGUAGUGAAUGUGCUCUUGUAGUGUUAUGUGUCUGUGUAUGAUGCUCGAACUUUCAGUAACACUGUUUUGCGAGAGCAGGAAAAACAAGACAAUAUACAGAGAUUAACACUAUUACUUACUUGGGUGAAUAAUUCAAUAAAUAUAUAAUGAGAACAUUCCAAGACUAGGAAUUCUUCUUAACAGCACCUUCUCUGGUAAUGAAUGCCUUGAUUAUUUUUUAUUAUUUUUAAGAUUUACUGGUUAUUUAUUUUAUUCAUUUUAGGCUUGCAUACAGCAUUACUAUGUUCUGUUGUUCUGUCCAGAUUAUAAACACUGCACAUUCUGCCAUUUAGGACACCUGUAGGUUAGGUCAGUUAUAUGGUACAGCACAAAGGCCAAGCCAACUUAAAGCCCAAAAUAAUGUUUCUUAUUUUUUUAUUAUCAG